GAAGUACUAGCUUCGAGUGGUGUGAUGGUGAAUGGAAGAGCAUCGCCGCCCUGACGCGAGGCGCGCAUCGCUAUUACUGCAACGGCAUGACGCAAGUCAUUCAGUAGUGCAAUCUGCAACGUAAUCCGCGGCUGGGGCAGCAGUUGCGCGCGGGCAGUAGAGAUGGUGCAGCGGGCAGCGGACGCCGCGAGAGGCGUACUAUAUGGUGUUAUCAAUGCCAUCCUGGCCAUUCCCGCGUUGUUUGGAUACGCGGCGGUCAUUUUUAGUGAUGGCGCCUAUGUGGAUGUCGCCGCGCCGCUCGCGAAGGCCGUCGUCCUGUCCGCGGCGGUGCACCAGUGCGUGUUCUCGUGGCGAAGCACGCUGCCCUUCGCGAUCGGCCAGGUCCAGGACGCCGGUUUGAUUUUUUUGAGUAAGAUGGCCACAGACGUCGCACGGUCAAUAGAUGGCACGGCGCACGACGUCGCCGCGACGGCGCUGUGUGGGUUGGGGUUGAGUACGGCAUUGUUAGGACUGGUCCUGGUCGGCGUCGGCCGCGCGCGCAUGACUUGGCUGGUGAGCUACCUGCCGCUGCCGGUGCUCGGCGGCUACCUCGCCUUCAUCGGCCUGUUUUGCAUCGAGGCUGGUUUAUCCCUAUGCAUUGGUGUACCCUUGAACGGCCCGAGGGACUGGCCCCAACUAUACUCGCCGCCCUGGCGAUUAGUAUUAGCGGCACCCGGUUUAUUGGGAGGCAUUCUACUAUCAAGGGUCGCCAAGCACGACAAAAAUGGGACAAAGCUGCCGUUAACUAUGGUCGCCAUGCCGCUCGCCUUCUACCUCAUCGUAUACACGACAGGCUACUCCCUCAAAGAUGCGAGAACUGAUGGCUGGCUCUUCGCGAACGACUCCAGUACGGAUGUGGCGGACCUGCGCGACGUCGUCGCGUUGUACGACCUUGAUCGAGUUUCCUGGCAUGCUUUACCACAACUAUUCCCGAUCUGGUGCAGCAUGGUCGUCGUGGUCGGCUUCUCGUCGUGCCUCGACGUCGCAGCUAUUGAGGUGGAUCUAGGAAAGCCUCUCGACAUGGACGCGGAAUUAACUACCGUAGGCGUGUCGAACACGGUCGCCGGGAUGCUGGGCGGCUUCACGGGGAGCUACAUCUUCUCGCAGACGAUCUUCACGUGCCGCGCGGGAUGUCGUUCACGUAUCGCGGGGUUAGUUGUCGUUGUUUGCGAGGUGAUAGCUGGUGCCACAAAACUAGAUUUAUUGGGCGCGCUACCGUUGUUUUUUUUUGCGGCAACACUCGCGUUUGUCGGCGUCGAUCUGAUGGAUGAAUGGUUAUUACAAUCUAGACACAAGUGGUCGACGAGAUCCGAGUACGCCUCGGUCUGGAUUACAUUAGGGGCGAUCCAGGCUUUGGGGCUGGUGCGAGGUUUAGUUACAGGUUGUGCGGCGUGCGCCUUCACCACCGUGGCGGCGCAGAUCGAAGCCGACGCGCCGCAGCGCGUUAUAAGAUCGUCCUUGGGUGCACCAAGGGCACCUAGAGACGCGCGGAAGCUUAGAGUUUUGAGAUCGCGCUUAAUCGUUUUGGAGUUGCGAGGACGGAUCUGGUGGGGGACGGCGGCGUCUUUAUUGGCGCGCAUCAAGAAGGCCUUGAGAAGGGCGGACGACGACGACGAGACGUCGUCGCUGUUUGAAGCGUCCCAGGACCACGCUAGUAGAGUCGUCGUCCUGGACUGCCGGUUGGUCGAUGGCCUGGACGCCAGUGCGUGUCGGGCGUGCUUCCGGCCGCUCGCGUCGAUGGCCCAGGCAAAAGGCUUCGGCGUGGCCUUAGCCGGUCUUGGAGUUAAAAAUGACGCGUUGCUGCGGAUCCACGGCGUCUACGAAGCCGGCGGGAGUAGUGUGCGGACGUUCCAAUCCAUGGACGAGGCGGUGCGCUGGGCCGAGGGGCGGCAGCUUCAGGCUCCGACGCCGGAGCACCCUCGCCGUCGCGUUCUCAUCGACGACGACGGCGACCAGCCGCGGCGCUUCCUGUUGCCCCAGCGGGCGGCGUCGAUGCCCGGCGGGCGCGGGAACGGGGCGGCCGCGCGGGCGCUCUCGUUCGACGAUCCGAGGAGCCCGCGCGGCCUAUCGACCGGGCUGCCAUUAUCUAGAGCGGCAGCGCGCUAUCUAGCAAGAGUCGUGCUGGAAAGUUCUGAUUUGGAGACGACGGAGGCGGCGCUGCGCGACGCCGGCGUCAAGGAGGUGCGCUUGAAGGCCGGAGAAGCGGCUUUUGAAUUAGGCGAGGAGGGCGCGUCCUUCUUCUGCGUCGUCACGGGCGCGCUUUCAUUGAGACAGAUCACGAACGACCUCGAGACGGGCGCCUUCCAGGAGCGCGACGGCGUCGGGCUUGUGGUCAACGCGGGGGCUUUUGCGGGGUACGUCGAUUUCUUACUGAAAAGGCCGCGCCGGUUCACAGCUAGAGCCGGCAACGAAGCGGCGGCGACUUGUGCCGUGUUCGACGCCGCCUCGUUGGCAGCGCUCCCUCCGACAACGCUCGCGAGUCUGCAAAGGGUAUUACUGAGAGCGGCGGCGGCCGAGCUCGCGAACACGUCGCGGUAGGGGGGUAUUUGUUAAACGGUAUCUGUUGAACGAA